UAUUGUACAGUAACUCUGGUACACACAUCCUCACCAUGAACACACAGCGUGCUGUCAGACUGGUUAUGAAGAUGCCACUACAUACACAACAACACAACUCGAUACGGAGUCUACAGACGAUGGUCACUGUAAACCCUGCUGUGGAGGCCACGCCCCCUACAAUGCCCACUAUUAUGACGACUUGGCGGACGUUACAGGAAAAGAACUGGUAUACAACUCAGGGUCACCAACAGUCACAAACCUUUGAUACGUUCGGCUCAGCCGGGAAAAAGAUUCUAGGAACACGGUACCUUGGCGUUUCUGAAGAAAUCCCGAGAUCUGAAAGUGAACAAUUAAGUAUGCUACAAAACUUUGGAAGUUUUACAUUGAAGUCACAACGGCUGUGAUGUGUAUUUAGAUAAAUGUUGUUCUCUGGUUUGGAGUCGCACCAACUGUGAAAUGUUUGACCGUUUGGUCCUGCCAAUCACUUGGACAAACGGGACUGGCUGUUCAAGACUACCUUGAAUUUAAAGUUAAAGCCAUUGACAGCCAUUGAUCUUCAAACCUGACGAAAUAAUGCGAUAAACGGUUGUGAGUGUUUAAUGUAUUCUGUGAUAAAAUGGUAAGUAUUAUUGGAAGUAAUGUGACUCGUGAAAAUCAUCUAUUUACAUAGUAAUUAAAUAUUGUCUGGUGAAGCUGCGGUUCAUUGACAUGCAUAGACGAUGUGUUUUGUAACACAGAUUUGUUAUAUGUAAUUGUGUACCAUGAAUAAAAUACACACGUAAACAU